AUGGAUUCUGAAUUAGUAGAAUGUUUUGAAAUUCAGAAAAAUGAAGUUCAAGCUUUGAAAGCUAUUUAUAUGGACGAUUUUACAUAUAUUGAUAAUAAUGUUUUUUCUCAUACUUCUGAUGAAUUGGCGUCUUUUUUUUUAAAAAUACAUUUGCAUAGUGAUUUUAACGGAGUUAGCUUUUUCUCUUUAGAUUUAAAGAUUUAUAUGACAACUACCUACCCAAAAACUAAGCCAAAAGUUAUUAUCGAUAAUUCUGUUAAUCUUCUUAAAUCUCAAUUGAUUCAAAUAGAAGACAUUAUUUCAAAAACUAUAAAUGAGUUAGAGGGUCGUGAAAUGAUUUAUGAAAUUUCGUCUAAUGUUCAAGAUAUUCUUCAUGAAUGGCAAAACGAAUAUCGACCUUCCACUAAUUUAAGUCAAGAAAGACAUUUAAGAAUUUUGGAAGAAGAAUUAAAACAACAAUUAAUAGAAGAAAAAAUAAGAAAAGAGCAAGAACAUUUUAAAAAAGAAGAAGAAAGGAUUUUGGAUGAAAUGAUUCAAAAAGAAUUAAUUAGAAGAAAAGGACAAAUAAUUCAAGCGAACAAGCGACAACAGCAGGAUUGUUAUCAACUUAAAGGACUUAGUGAUGAUAUAGUAAUAUUUGAUAAGGAAAUGGAAAUACAAAAUGAACAAUAUGGACUUGUUAGGUUUCAGGCUGUAAAGGAUUUAUUGACUUUCCGUAAGCAGUCAUUUAUGACUGUUAAGUUGGCAAUCCCUGUUACAGACCAAAAUAGAGAUAAUAUUUUGAUUUUAAAGGAACUUAUUUUGAAUUCUGAGUUUUGGAAGUCAUUUGACGGAACAAAAGAAAUUUAUAGAAUGGAACAAGAGCUACAAGCGUUUAUAGCUUUAAGACAUCCAUCAAUCGUGCAGUUUUAUGGAUGUAGAAUUUCUCUUCUGAAUUCUGGUAGCUGGAAAUUGUUGUGUUUGCAAGAAUAUAUACCUAGAGGCUCUCUUAGAGAUAUAUUAGAAAACGUUGGUUCUGUAAGUUUAGAUAUUGCUAGAAAUUGGGCAAUGGAUUUACUUGAAGGAAUUAAUGAGGCACAUCGUCGUGGAUUUCUACAUAAAAAUUUGCAUUUAGGAAAUAUAUUGAUAUUUAAGUCUGAAAAAGGGCGAUCGGUUGCAAAAAUAUCCGAUUAUGGUAUUUCAUAUAGUCUUCAACAUAUGAAUAAAUUAUGUAGCUUUACAUUAAAUGAUAAAUCUUUUUCUAAAAAAAGUCCUAUUUCAAAGAAAUGGCAUCCUCCUGAAUAUAAAUUUGAAAGUGAAAAUCCUGUAUUUAAUCGAAAAAGUGAUAUAUGGAUGUUUGGUAUUAUAUUUCUUCAAAUGAUUUUUGGUAUUGAUUCUAUUUCAAAAUACUCUAAUUUGAAAGAAAUAUGUGACCCUACAAUACCUAGUACAGUGAUUGAUUUUCUUAAUCUUGCUUUACAGGUGAAUUGGCAUAAAAGGCCCUCUGCUUCUGAUCUUUUAGCAUCUCCAUUUUUUACUAGUGGACAAAUUGCAAGAACAUUAGGAUUAAAUACGAAAAUUAUAUCUAAACCUUUACAUGAAUUUCCAAGGAUUUCUAAAUAUCGGUCUCAGUCUUCUACAUUGCAAUUAGCUUCUCGAUAUGAAAAUGAUUUUGAAGAAGUAAAAUGGCUUGGAAAAGGUGCGUAUGGUAAAGUGAUAAAGGUGAGAAAUAGACUUGAUGGACAAUAUUAUGCUAUUAAACGAAUUUGUUUAAAUAAAAAUAAAAAUGAAUAUAGUCGUAUUAUUCGAGAAGUUAUUACUCUCUCAAGACUUCAUCAUCAACAUAUUGUAAGGUAUUUUUCUGCAUGGUUAGAAGAUUUGUCGAGUGAAGAAACUGUCUGUGAGCAUGGUUCUAGGGAAUUUGGACGAUCUUUUGAUUCUUACAAACAUGAAUCUGAUAUAGUAACAUCUAAUUUUAGUGAGUACAUUUCUUCAGGUAGACCAAAACAAAGUUUUUUGAAUUAUUUCGAAAGUGAAAUUUGUGAAAAUUUGUCAGAUAAAAGUUCUGAAUCUGUAAAUAAUAGUGUAUUUGUUGAUCUAAAGUUCUCGAAUUCAGGAAUUUUAUAUAUUCAAAUGGAAUAUUGUGAAAAACGUACUUUGAAAGACAUAUUAGAAUCAAAACAUGUAAAUAUUGAUGAAAUAUGGCGUUUGUUUCGUCAGAUUUUGGAUGCUUUAGUGCAUAUUCAUGGACAAGGUGUGAUUCAUAGAGAUCUUAAACCAAGCAAUAUUUUUUUGGAUGAGAAUGGUGAUGUUAAAAUAGGAGAUUUUGGGUUGGCUACUGAAUGCUGGACAAUAAUUGAAAAUUUGGUUUCUAAAAAAUAUUCUGAGAAUAUUGAAAAUGAUAAUGAUUUAACAUCAGGGAUUGGUACUGCUCUUUAUAUUGCUCCUGAGCUUUUAAACCGUGAUAUUGAUCAUUCUUAUAAUCAAAAAGUGGAUAUGUAUUCUUUAGGAAUAAUUCUUUUUGAGAUGUGUUAUCCUUUUAAAACUUCUAUGGAACGUAUAAAAACUAUUUUAAAUUUAAGAGAUCCUAACAUUAUAUUUCCCUUAAAAUUUCCUUCAAAUAAAUUUUCGAAUCAAAAACAUAUUAUUUCAUGGCUUUUACAGCAUGAUCCUAAAACACGUCCCACUAGUUUUCAGCUUUUACGGUGUGAUAUGUUGCCUCCGAAAGUAGAAGAUGAAUAUAUACGUGAAAGUCUUCAUACUCUUGCCAAUCCGAAUACACCGUAUUAUGUUAAACUUAUAGAAACUUUAUUUUCUCAAAAUAUAGAUAAAUGUAAAGAUUAUACAUAUGAUAUUAUGACUAAUUCUUUAAAUAUUGAAUCACCGCUUAUGGAUUGGCUUAAAAACUGUUUGACGUCUAUUUUUAAAAGACAUGGUGCAAUCUCUAAUAAUGACCGUUCACAAUUAUUUCCAAAAAAUGAUAUUUAUAAUUCUGUGCAGGAUCUUGCUACUUUUUUAGAUUCGCAUGGUACUCUUUUGCAGCUUCCAUAUGAUCUUAUUUUACCUUUUGCUCGUCAUCUCACAAAAUAUUCUUUGAAUUAUGGAAAAUAUUAUUGUUUUGGGAAAGUUUAUAGAAGUAGUACUAUUGACACAAUACCUUGGUCAUUAAAUGAAGUUAAUUUUGAUAUUGUUACUAAGAAAGAAGACAAUUUGAGUCUUUAUGAAAGCGAAUGUAUUAAAAUACUUGAUGAAAUUGUAAAUGAAGUUCCUUCUCUUUCAAAAAUGAAGAUUUUAAUUAAUAUAAAUCAUUGUGAUAUAUUAGACUCUAUAUUUGAUUAUUGUGGAAUAGAUAUUCCUUAUAGGCCUAGAGCUAGUAUAUUGUUAUCUCAAUUAGGAAAGACUAUUACACUAAAACAAAUUCAAAAUCAGCUUCGUUCCGAGUCAUUACUUUCUGGAUCUUCUUUAGAACAACUUGAUAAAUUUAAUUUUCAGGAUGAAUUCGAAGCUGGUAUUUUACGUUUAUUAAAUAUAUUUGAUAUGUCGAUGCAUCAAAAUCUUUUACGUUCAAUAGAAAGUAUUCGAUCAGUUUUUUUAUAUUCAAAAUAUCUUCAUAUAGAACAUGAAAUAUACUUUUUUCCUUUAACAGUACAUAAUUAUCAGUUUUAUAAAGGGGGUUUAAUUUUUGAAGCGUUAGUAAUGCAAAAUAAAAAAUGUGAUAUUUUUGCUAUAGGUGGAAGAUAUGAUACUCUUGUUCAUCAUUGUCUUCCUCCUUUGUCUUCCAGAAAAAUUUCUAUUUCUGUUGUUGGAAUAACUAUUUAUAUUGAAAAAAUACUUUCAUCUCUUUUAAAAUUUUCUUUCAAUGAAUUCCCUAUUCGAAAAUAUUCGAAAACAGGUUCUAUUUCUUUUCGAUGGCCUUGGAAUGCUGCAAGAUGUGAUGUUUUGGUUUCAAGUAUAAAUCAUGGAUUUUUAAAUGAGUGUCUGGAAAUUUUAAGUGAAUUAUGGAAAUUUAAUAUUAAAACUGAACUUUCAAGAUCAAAUUUAGAGACUUUGGAAGAAAUUAUAGACUUUGCGAAAAAGAAUGGUAUUAAUUGGAUUGUAAUAGUAAGACAUAAAAGUUAUGAAGCAAAAGGGUUAUUUAAGGAUUAUUCUGUAAAAGUUAAAAAUAUUGCAUCUGAACAUGAUGAAGAAAUAUUAUAUUCUAGUCUUGUUCCAUGGUUAUUAGGAGAAAUAACUGAAAGGAAUAGACAAGAUAUGUCUGAUAAUUUAACUAAGUUUAAUAUGACAAAUAAAAUAAAUACCAAUGAUAUUAUGAUACGGAAACGUGUAUUAGAUGUUAAUUCUAAUAAAAAAAAUGAGCUAUCAGUUCGAUUUUUGUUAGAAGGUAAUCGCAAAAUUAAGUUAAAACAAAAACAGUUUAUAAUUAAUAAAGCUUAUGAAUAUAUUUCUGAAUUAACUAAUGAUAUUUGUUCUAAAAAGCCUGUUGUAUUUUGUGUUGAUUUAAAUGAUGAUAUAUAUGAAUUAAUAAAAAAUACUUGUUUAAAAGAAUAUCAAUGGAGAAAAGUAAUUGAUACUGCGCCUGCUCAUCAAAGACAUUAUGUUCAUCAAUUAUGGUCAUCGUUAAAAGAUAUACAGAAUGAAUCGGGGCACCAACGUGUAUGGUUGUAUACUUUUAGAGCUAAUAAGGCUUUUUUAUACGAAUUUAGAUAA